GGUAGAAUGGCUAGCAAGGCAAAAACUUGAAAUCCUGUAAAAGUAUUUUAUAUCCAUAAUUAGAAUUGUUUUACUGAUGUAUAUAAAAAGUGCGCACCAUAUAUGUAAGAAUAUUGGCCUAAUCGUAAUCAAAUGUGCAAUGCUAGCUAGCAACUGAACAACGGUCGACCAAACACAAUAGAGCAACAGAGCAGACACAGGUAGCGCCCCGUUUCGAAUCGCCCCGCUGCGCAAACGCUCUCCGAGAAGCGGAAGAUGCGACGGUUGCUAUUUACGGGCUUCAAUGCAUUUGGUCAGCACAAUGCGAGCAACACGGAACGCACUUCCGGUCGAGUCAAUGCCCUAACCGAAAUCACUGCACCAGGUGAUAGCAAAGGGAAUGCAAUUGUUGCUCUGAGCUGGCGUUACACGGCUUUUGCUAUGGGCAACAAGCUAUGGCUGCAAGGUCUGCUCGACUCUAGCCCAGACGAAAGCUUGGAAGUGCAUGCAGCUGCAGAGAUUAAAGCUCUGGCUGCAUGUGAUGCACAUUGUCUGGUGUUGCUACAGAAUGGUCAGUUAUAUAAGUUGCAAGCGAAGCUGAGUGCUACACUGCUGCCCAUCAAACUAGAGACAGCUGCUGCAAAGCGAGACAUAUUUGGCCAAGCAAAGGCAGCCGAGGCAAUCUCAGUUGCCCACAUUGCCUGUGGCUCGCAUAUCAACGUGGCCAUCAGUGCAAGGAAUGCUGUCUACAGCAUACCCAGUUGCCUGCAUCGCUUUCCGCAAGGUGCGUGGCGUGUGCAGCAGCUCGAGUGUGGACACGAGCACGCGCUGCUGCUCAACGGCAAUGGCGAUGUCUACAGUUGGGGCAACGGGCUACGUGGGCAACUGGGUCACGAGACUUUGGGUGUGGAAGAGCGACCCCUUUUACUCGAGCCUCUGGCGGGUAUUAAGAUAAUACAUAUUGCGGCUGGUGGUUGGCAUAGUGCAGCAAUCUCCGCAUUUGGCGACCUCUACGUUUGGGGCUGGAAUUGCAAUGGCCAGCUGGGCAUGCGCGUCAUGAAACCGGAUGGCUUGCUUAAGGAGCCCACGGUUUAUCCCUUGCCUCAACUGCAGGAUUUGCCUCCAUGUUGUGCAGCUGCUGAAGAAACUGAUCUUUGUGCUCCUCUAAAGGCUUACGCCGGCUCUCGUCACACGCUCAUCCAACGCAGUUGUGGACGACUCUGGGCUAGUGGCUGGUGUGCACACGGCCAACUUGGCAAGCAACCGCCCAACUUGAGCUACUUGGAUAGUUUUUAUGCUGUGCAGCAGGUGCCUAAAGACUGUGAUUAUACUGUUGUCUGUGGUCCUUGGUCCACUUUGAUUACCUUGUCUGAGUAAAUGGUAUAAAUAUUUUUA